AUGCUCCGCCGCGCGGUCUCCUUGCUAAGUGGGCGCGCAGCCUGGCUCCGCCGCCAGCCGGUGACCGCCGCGGCAACAUUGAUCCGCCGCCACCCGGAGACCCGUCUCGGCGCCGUCGACGCUCGUGGCUACCGGCGCAUGGCGCGGCGGAUCCCACCCGCGAGGCCUGACGGCUACUCCACCUCCGACGGCGAGGACGACGAGGUCCUUGAGCCGGCCGCCGCCGCGGACGGCGAGGAGGAGGAGGACGAAGAUGACGAGGAGUUGGAGGGGUUCACGCUGGACCUCAAAACCGGAACUAUCGAGGACGCUUUCGAGGACGAUGAGGAGGAGGAGGGCCAUAAGUAGCGCGAGGAAGGUGUUCGUGGAAAUGACUAAGAGCAGAAGCUGUCCCUGCACAGCACAGGCUCGUUUACAUGCUCGCUGCUUUCAUAGUUUGAUUCUCCUUCGCACUGAAUGUUAAUUUCUUUGUAGCAUGCCCCGUACUUUUGGUGGUGUUUGCAGCUUUGAGCCUUUGGCAAUUGACAUCGUGGUAGACUGGUAGUACUUUUGGUGCUAUUGUGGUAUCGAACUGAUU